AAAGACAAAAUAAUUUAGUACGGAAGCCCUUACUGAGGACCCAACAUCCAGGCUCCGGUGAAUGAAACGAAUAACCUGCUGACAGCAAAAGAGGAUAGUGUCAUGAUGGGGUGCUGGAUUUUGCAUGAGGGUCUCACCAUCAUAUUAGUACUCUCAUGGCUGGGAGUGAAUUUGUAUCUGUUUAUUGACACAUUCUGUUGGUAUGAAGAGGAGGAGUCUUUCCAUUACACACGAGCUAUUUUGGGUUCAACACUGGCUUGGGCACGAGCAUCUGCACUGUGCCUGAAUUUCAACUGCAUGCUAAUUCUACUACCUGUCAGUCGGAACCUCAUUUCAUUCAUUAGAGGAACAAGCAUCUGCUGCAGAGGACCAUGGAGAAGGCAAUUAGACAAAAACCUCACAUUUCACAAACUGACUGCCUAUGGGAUAGCUGUUAAUGCAACCAUCCACAUCGUGGCACAUUUGUUCAACCUGGAGCGCUACCACUUGAGCCAGACAGAGGAAGCCGGGGGACUUGUGGCUGCACUUUCCAAACUUGGCAACACCCCAAAUGAGACCUACCUCAACCCCAUCCGGACCUUCCACACAAACACAAUCACUGAGUUGCUGAAGACAAUAGCAGGCAUUACUGGCCUGGUGAUUUCUCUGGCUUUAAUCUUGAUCAUGACUUCUUCAACCGAGUUCAUCAGACAGGUCUCCUAUGAGCUGUUCUGGUACACACACCAUGUUUUUAUCAUCUUCUUUAUCAGUCUGGCUAUCCAUGGAGCAGGUCGAAUUGUGCGAGGCCAAACCCCAGAGAGUCUUUCGCUGCACAACGUUACCUUCUGCAGAGACCACUAUGCCGAAUGGCAGACAGCCACCCAAUGCCCCGUGCCUCAAUUUUCUGGCAAGGAACCCUCGGCUUGGAAAUGGGUUUUAAGCCCUGUGGUCUUGUAUGCAUGUGAAAGAAUAAUUAGGUUCUGGCGAUUUCAACAAGAAGUUGUCAUUACCAAGGUGGUGAGCCACCCCUCCAGAGUCCUGGAACUUCACAUGAAAAAGCGCGGCUUUAAAAUGGCACCAGGGCAAUACAUCUUGGUGCAAUGCCCAGCCAUCUCCUCGUUGGAAUGGCACCCCUUCACCCUCACCUCCGCCCCCCAGGAGGACUUCUUCAGUGUGCACAUCCGGGAAGCAGGAGACUGGACGAAAGCUCUACUCAAGGCCUUUGGGGCAGAGGGACAGGCCCCCAAGGAGCCCUGGAGCCUGCCAAGGCUGGCGGUGGACGGGCCCUUCGGAGCCGCUCUGACAGACGUGUUUCACUAUCCAGUGAGCGUGUGCAUUGCUGCAGGAAUUGGAGUCACUCCCUUCGCCGCUCUUCUGAAAUCUAUAUGGUACCAAUGUUGUGAUUCGCAGACCCAGCUGAAGCUGAGCAAGGUGUAUUUCUACUGGAUUUGCCGGGAUGCAAGAGCUUUUGAGUGGUUUGCCGAUCUCUUACUCUCGCUGGAAACACGGAUGAGUGAGCAAGGGAAAACUCACUUUCUGAGUUAUCACAUAUUUCUCACUGGCUGGGAUGAAAAUCAGGCCAUUCACAUAGCUUUACAUUGGGAUGAAAACAACGAUGUGAUCACAGGCUUAAAGCAGAAAACCUUCUAUGGGAGACCUCACUGGAACAACGAGUUCAAGCGGAUCGCCUACAACCACCCCAGCAGCAGCGUUGGCGUGUUCUCCUGCGGACCCAAAUCACUCUCCAAGACACUUCAAAGGAUGUGCCACUUAUAUUCGUCAGCUGACCCCAGGGGUGUUCAUUUCUAUUACAACGAGGAAAGUUUCUAGAGUUUGGAGGUAAAGUCUGUGUUUUCAAUCAAGCUAUUGACCCUGAAGAACUCCACUAGGAAUUCCUGUGACUGCCUGUUAACAUGAGCAUCCAUUUGGGAACCAGUGAAUGAUAACUAACCAUUGAGAACAGCACACCACACCACGCUUUCUUAGCUUAUAAAUAACAUGCCAUAUGCAAUAGAACAAAAACAUUUACUGAAAUUAAAAUACAUUAUGUUUUUCAA